AUCUCCGUCUCACAGUUCUUUUUCUCCUCUCUGGGUCCUCUUUAGCUUCAUUUCUUCUCUUCAGUCUCCUCAUUUUUGAGCAAAAGCAAGCUAUCAUGUCUUCUCAGUCUACAGUUAGAGUGCAAAGAAGUGGCCGGAGUGGCUUCAGUGCCUCCUCUGCCAUAGCCCCUGGAGCUCGGUCAGGUUUCAGCUCUAUGUCAGUGUGCCGCACUGGGGGCAGCGGUGGCUUUGGAAGGGCUUGUGGAAUCUCUGGAAGAGCCGGCUUUGGCAGCCGAAGCCUUUACAGUUUAGGGGGGUCAAAGAGGAUCUCCAUAGCAGGGAGCAGCUGUGGCUACCAGACUGGAUAUGGAGGAAGAGCAUAUGGUCUCAGCAGUGGUGGCUUUGGAAUUGGUGGUGGAGCUGGCUUUGGUGGUGGAGCUGGCUUUGGUGGUGGAGCUGGCUUUGGUGGUGGAGCUGGCUUUGGUGGUGGCUAUGGAGGAGCUGGGUUUCCCGUGUGCCCCCCUGGUGGCAUCCAAGAAGUCACUAUCAACCAGAAUCUCUUGACACCCCUCAACCUGCAAAUCGACCCCACCAUCCAGAGGGUGAGGACAGAGGAGCGGGAGCAGAUCAAGACCCUCAACAACAAGUUUGCUUCCUUUAUUGACAAGGUGCGAUUUCUUGAACAACAAAAUAAGGUUUUGGAAACCAAAUGGACACUGCUCCAGGAACAGGGCACCAAGACUGUGAGGCAGAAUUUGGAGCCACUUUUUGAAGCCUACAUUAGCCAACUGAGGACUCAACUGGAGAAAGCCACAAAUGAGAGGGGUUAUCUGGACUCUGAGCUGAGAAAUAUGCAAGAUCAAGUGGAGGACUUCAAAAACAAGUAUGAAGAUGAAAUCAACAAACGCACAGCAGCAGAGAAUGAAUUUGUGACGCUAAAGAAGGAUGUUGAUGCUGCCUACAUGAAUAAGGUUGAGUUGCAAUCCAGGGCAGAUUCUCUCAUGGAUGAAAUCAACUUCUUGAGAACCUUAUUCGAGGCAGAACUGUCUCAGAUGCAGACCCACAUCUCUGACACCUCUGUGGUUCUGUCCAUGGACAACAACCGCUCUCUGGAUCUGAAUGGCAUUAUUGCUGAAGUCAAGGCUCAGUAUGAAGAUAUUGCUCAGAGGAGCAGAGCUGAAGCUGAGUCUUGGUACCAGACCAAGUAUGAAGAACUGCAGAUCACAGCUGGCCGUCAUGGGGAUGACCUCCGCAAUACCAAGCAUGAGAUCUCUGAAAUGAACCGAAUGAUCCAGAGGCUGAGAGCUGAGAUUGACAACGUCAAGAAGCAGUGUGCUAACCUGCAGAAUGCCAUUGCUGAAGCUGAACAGAAGGGUGAGAUGGCACUCAAAGAUGCCCGAAUGAAACUAGAUGAGUUGGAAAAUGCUCUUCAGAAGGCCAAGCAGGAUAUGGCCCGCCAACUUCGUGAAUAUCAGGAGCUGAUGAACGUCAAGCUGGCCUUGGAUGUAGAGAUUGCAACCUACAGGAAGCUGCUGGAAGGAGAAGAGUGCAGAAUGAGUGGAGAGGGUGUUGGACCAGUCAACAUCUCUGUUGUGAGCUCCACCGUCUCCAGCGGUUAUGGCAGCGGCAGUGGCAGUGGCAUUGGCGGUGGUUUUGGAAUGGGUGGAGGAAGUGGCUAUUCCUAUGGGAGCAGCAGCAGUCACAGUCUGGGAGGAGGACUCAGCGUUGGAGGAGGCUUCACUGCUGGCAGUGGGAGAGGCUCCAUGGGGGGCAGCAGCAGCAGUAUAAAGUACACCACAACCUCAUCUUCCAGUAGGAAGAGCUACAAGCAUUAAUGGGUGCCUACCAGAUCCUUGGCUCUGGAAUACCUCAGGCCCUUGCUUCCUGAUCCUGGCCCCCAGCAUCAAGGCUGCUCUCUUUUUGGCCACUUCAGACGCUGGGGGCUCAUUUCUAGACCUCCUCACCCUAACCUUUGAUCUUCUCUUGCACCCAGGGUUGGGGCUAAAAAUUUAAAUGCCACAUACUCACUCGGUGGAUUAGAUUCACUGAGUUUGAACUUCCAAUCCUAAAAUUGUCAAGAAUACAUAUCAGUGAAUCAGGCUACACAAGUUUUAUCUGACCCUCUCCAGUUAUCAGAGCACCCACUUAUUGUCUGAGUUCAUUAGCCCAAGGCCAUGGAAAAAUACCCAAGCAUCCCUUUUAAAAACAGACACUUGCUUCGGCUCUGAAACAGGCAAUAUAUACUUGGCCACCUUCAGGUGGCCAUCUGGAGUUGUGCAUCUAUUAAAUCGCUAUGUGCUCAAAAAGAAGAGGUGCUGGUGUUUUCCUGCAGGGUCCUUGAAAGCAAAGGUGCUAUAAGCAGACAAUGUAUGGAAACUGUAUCCCUGUGGCAUAUUCCUUUGGUCCCUUCCAUCUCUCUUACUUGUCUAAUAAAGCAGAUUCAUAUAUAUA